UCUCUCUCUCUCUCUCUCUUUGUUGCGAGAGUUUGCAUAUAUACAUACAUACAUAUAAACCACACUCAUCCCCACGAGUCGUUCCUUGCUCUUCCAACCACGAAAACGAACAAGAACGGCUCCUCUUUUCUCCUUAUUUUGAGAUAAAUUAAAAUCCCGAUGUAAAAAAAAAAAAAAACGGGCCAUUUUUAAGCGAGAAAGUGUAUACACGGUCUCGCGUUCGGUACUCGGUACUCGUGGUAUUCGACAUAAAUCCGCGAUCCCAGUUGCCGGAACUGGCCGGAUCGAAGGAAUACGAUCAUAACCCGGAAGAGACGUUGUCAGUACGUACUCACGACGAAUCCAGACGAAGGGAAGAAAGGAGGGAGGAGCGGGACGAGACAGCUGCCACGCUGAGCUCAGUAUACUUCAACCUGUGGAGGAUCGCGAAAGAGUGCAUUUGCGGCAGCGGGUCGCGGUGUAGACAAAGUGGGAUGAGACGCCCUCAGCAAGAACAUCUCCAUCAUCAUCACCACCACCAUCAUCACCAUCACCAUGGAUCCUCAACAAGCCCCACGUGCUCUCGUCAAACACACGAUAAGGACGAAUCUCGUCUCGCUCGUGUAAAGCGUGUUCUGGCGGGUUCGCUGUUGGGCCGCGGUGCUGGCUCCAGCAGGAUCUUCGGCACCCGGCUGGAGCUGGUCGAGUCGUAUCUCGACACGGGUGUACCGUACGUGGUGCACCGGUUAUGCAGCUACAUCGAGGUGCAUGGCUUCCAGAGCGCGGCGGUGUUUCGCCUGUCAGGCGGCAGCCCGCGGCUGGCAGAACGACUGAGAGCGGCCUUCGAGCGGCGGGGUGAUGCCGAUCUAGAGGCAGCCGGAUGCCCACCGACUGCCGCGACCCUUCUUCGUCAAUAUCUGAAGGAAUUGCCGCAGCCGGUCGUACCAUCCACCCUCGUCGGCAGACUGCUCAACAUUCACACUCAGAGCUAUGCGAACGAUCAUGACUCAUGGAUCGCCUCGACGAAGGAGCUGCUGUCGACUCUGCCAUCCUCGCAUUAUCAACUGCUUGGCUACCUGACGAUUUACCUUAGUCGCUAUGAGGCACGACACGGACGCAGCGCCGGAGUCUGCGGUGUUUUUGCACCUGUCAUUUUGCCUCACGUGCCGCCUGCGACUACCCUCCUGCGGGAUAUCCUCGCCGAGGCACCGGUGCUCUUCCCUGACUGUAUCCGUGAGAAUACGGUGAACGGCUUGGUACCUGCCGGCGACUGUAAGAUCUGCAAGGAUACGAGAGACGAGCCGAAGGACUCUGAGGGUGCGUCUCUGCUCUGCGCACUGAAACCGCGUAAGCGCAAGGAACGUCGCGAAUCCUGCUGCCAGGAACGCAAGCUAAUACGGAGUAACAGUGAAGAACGUGUUCUUGAUAGUCCCACCGACGUCGCAGAUACUAUCAGACGUGUGAGCAGCCACGAAGAUUUCAAUAGCCAGGAACAUUUGCAUAUUUUAUCGCAACUCGGCCCAGACAUGGGUCAUGGCGUGAGAUGUGGCGGAUUACCGCUUCAUGAGAGAACCAACGUUUCGCCAGUAUCGAAGAAAUCGUCGUCGGUGCCGUCACCGUGCGAGGUAGUUGUAGCGACUGAAAAAUAUGACUGCGACGCCGAAAAAUUAAGAAAUAGCGAACGCUUUAGCAGAAGCCUUACCCCGAGAGGCAGAAGACAAGCACGCAGAAGAAGAGUGCAUAGAAUUCCAGACACUGACCCGAGUUCUAGCAAGGAAAACGAAGAGGAAUCUGAAAAUAUGUACAUCUCCAAUGUGUCACCGAGUCCUAAUAGUCAUAAUGGCUCGCCAGCUCAAAGCUUCUUGGAGAUGUUGAGCAGUGGACCGAGCAGAUCACCUUCACCAGCUCGUCCACCCACCGUCGAUCAUGAGGACCUAAAUAAUCCCAGUCUGACUAAUUGGGGCUUUCAACAUUUGGAAGGAAAUGAAGAAGCUGCAGACGCUCGAGUGGAGGCUAUGCUCUCACCAAGAAACUCGUUGUUGCUCCCUAGGAGAUUUUACUCCGAAGAGGAAAUACAACCAAACACGCUUAGUGCAUCGGAAAUGGGACUAAAAAAUCUUGCGAAGCACAUUAACGGCCUGAAGAAAAAAAUCAAAAAAUAUGAGGAUGAAUUUGAGGAAAACUUCGGCUAUCGACCGAGUCAUUCUGACAAAAUGAGCAAUCGCGACAUCAAACGGUUGUGCACGGAGCUCAAUAAGCUUCGGAAAGAACAUAAAUUACUGAAGGAAGAUCCAAUAGGUGCGCUUCUAGCCAAUGCCAACAAUCGACUGAAUACUACUGGCAGUCCUACAAAUAAUAAUAAUGGUCACGAGAAAUCUCAAACAGUAUCGAUAGAGGAAGUGAUCAAGGAAGCGGAGAAAAAACUUAGCGAGAAGCGUAUCAAAUACAAUCGGCCCGAUAACAUGGACGAACUCAAUUAUGAUCAAUUAUUAGACGAAAAGACGGCCGUGCAGAAAGCAUUGCUCCACAUCGAGAAUACUUUCGGUAGACCAGUCUCUAAAGAAGAUAGAGCGGUUGUUCGACCAUUAUACGACAGAUAUAGAACUUUAAAGAGACUGCUCAUUAGAGCGGGCGCGAGCAAAAACAAGGACAGCGUUACGGAAUUGGCCACGAUCCUAGAGCAUGAAACGAUGGAUUUUACGUCAUCGAAUCUUCCAGGAAAUUCUGUGGAGACUGAUAGAAGAGCCAGCGAGCCUGAUAUGUCACAUCGAGGCAUCUUGGACUGUAUCGAUCCCGUAGAUCAAUUGCCAACUGACAGCGAUAGUCAGCAUAGCAGUAGCGAUGCCGGUGAAGGUCUUCACGCUCUUCCUCAAGAAGAAUUACUGACGCAACAACGGGCUACUCGAGAAGAGAAAAAGCGGCUUCGUAGAGCAUUGAAGGAAUUAGAAGCGCAAUUUGAAGUUCGAGCUGGUCGCCGUAUGCAACGCGAGGAUCGUGGACCGCAAGUCACUACCAUAUAUGAAUCCUAUAAACAAGCAAAAGCGAAAUUGAGACUGAUUGAUGCCCUCAUAGCUAAAAAGGCUUGACGUAGUAUUUAAUUCACGAAUAA